UCCCAGAUCAGCGCAGGCUACACGUCAGCCCACUACAACCACAGUGCGGUUAAUUACAUGAUUUAAAUAGUUAGGCUACUUUAACUAUUUACUUUACAAAAAUUAAGUUUGAGAGCGAAUGAAAUGUCAAAAAAAGUGGCAGUAGUUACCGGUGCCAAUAAAGGCACAGGAUUUGCGAUUGUGAGGGAGCUUUGUAAGGCUAAAUUUACCGGGGAUGUUAUUCUUACUGCUCGAAAUGAGAAACUUGGAAAUGAGGCAGUGAAAAUGCUGAAGUCCGAAGGAUUUGAAGUUGCUUUCCACCACCUUGAUAUCUGCGACCAGGGCAGCGCCAAGCAACUGAGUAACUUUCUGCAGAAGACGUAUGGCGGAUUGGAUGUGCUCAUUAACAACGCUGGAAUGGCUUUUAAGAAUGAUGCGACUGAGACUUUUGGGGAACAGGCUGAGGUGACCAUGCGUACCAACUUUUGGGGCACCCUGUGGGUGUGCCAUGCUCUCCUACCCCUCCUCAGACCAAAUGCCAGAGUGGUGAAUGUCUCCAGCUUUGUUAGCAAGAAGGCUCUUGAUACAUGCAGCCCUCAACUACAAGCCAAGUUCCGUGAUACUGAGCUCUCUGAGGAGGAGCUGUGCUUGCUGAUGGGGCAGUUUGUUAUUGCCGCUCAGCAGGGAAACCAUCAGGCCCAGGGGUGGCCAAACACAGCCUAUGGCACAACAAAGAUCGGAGUGACUGUGCUGUCCAGGAUUCAGGCUCAUUUUCUGACUAAGACCCGGGCAGCUGAUGGAAUCCUGCUCAACGCCUGCUGCCCUGGCUGGGUCCGCACUGACAUGGCAGGCUCCAAAGCCCCCAAGAGUCCUGAAGAAGGUGCACAGACUCCUACCUAUCUGGCACUUCUUCCUGAAGGGGCCAAGGAGCCACAUGGACAGUUGGUGUGGGACAAGACCGUUCAGGAAUGGUAGAGUGGAGGCAGCAGGAAGUUUACCUAAUCUCAAUCAGAGACUUGAGGAAAAUUGCACAAAAAGGUUCCGCCAAAUUCACAUGACAAAAGACACAUUGCAAGGGUGUUGGGAAAAUUAUGAUUAAAUGGCUGAACAAAUCAUUUUAAAUGGAACUGUAACUGUAACUAAGUAAAACUUAUACUCUGUUUUAUUACAUCUGAUUAACAAUAUGAGUUCAUAAGAAGGGAUUGUGAGACACGGACAAGGAGUAAUUAAAGUUAAUGAACACCAUUCAAACUAGGAAAAAAGAACGGGUUGUGGACUGUGUAAACACAUAAGGUCGGUAACCUAUGAUUGAACCUACAGAACUGAGCUCUGGGGUUUUUAGAUAACCUAAGAAUGCACUCACUGUCUUUUCUGUUAAUUAGAACUGUCAGCUCAGUGUUGAUUGAUAAUAUUGAGGGGUCAAAAGUUACCUGGGAGUGUGUUAGUUAGUGAGAAUGAACUUUUCACCUCACUUUGUCCCGGUCGAGAGGAGGGGAUUCUGUUAAAGCAAUGAAAUGACGUCAUGAUUUGUAUAUAAACUGUUGCUCGUGGUGAAGUGGGAGCGCGCUCCGAGAAUAAAUUAUGUUACCCAUUAUUGAAAAUA